AUGGAUCCUUUUAUUCUGCAGCCGUGCGUUCCUCUGUACUUGGACGGGGAAGAGAUCUGCUCUCCCGAGGCCGUAAGCAUGGGAGGCAGCAGCAGCGAGUGGUCUUCGUCGAUUAUCAGCGACACCCCCGUCACCGUCUACAAUUUCCACAUCAAUGAUUUCACGCAAGUGGACUACGACGCUAUCGAUAGCACAGUGAGGAGCAGCAUAAAUCCGGCCGUUUUCCGAGGCAAUUUAGAGACCAUCCUCCCCGCAGAACAUCCGCUGCCGAUCAACGAAAGACCGCGGCGAGAAGACGACGUUAUUUUCGUCUCCGCACACCAAGAGAAUUGCAGAGAAAUACGUUUUAAAACCGAAGCGGUAAUCGAGAAUAUACAGACCCCGCCGCAGCGAAAAGAAGAAGAAGACGACGUUAUUUUCGUCACCGCAUACCAGGAGAACUGCAGGAAAAUACGUUUUAAAUCCGAAGAUGAGAGAAUAUACCUAUUCAAACCCCCGCUACAGACAAUCGGGUGGAGAGAAUAUACCUAUUCAAACCCCCGCUACAGACGAUCGGGCGGAGGAGCGAGAGAAUAUACCAACCGAUACAGAAAAUCGGGCAGAGGAAGCAUCCGGAGCUCCUCCUCUCAGGAGGCUCGGAGGCCGACGGCGAUUUCAUAAGAGGAGGAUCCUCGGAGACCUCGCUUUCAUGUACGCCAUAACCGUCCUUGCCUAUGCAUCAAUAUAUCGAC